GCCGGAGCCUGCGCACUGGACCCCCAGCGCCGCCAGCGGUUUCAGACGCGGCGGCUCGGAAGAUGGCGGAGCGCGCCGGCGGCGGCACCUCCCUGAGGGGGAUGCGCGAACGCAUGGUUGCGGCUGCUCACGCCAUAGCUGAAGAAAGACGGAAUCAAAGUAGUUUCAGCACUCAUCCAUCUCAAUCUGCAAAUAUAAGAUCAGCUUUCAAACCAGUAAUCGAUGGAUCCGUGCUUAAAAAUGAUGUGAAGCAGAGGUUGGCAAAGGAGCGAAGAGAGGAGACCAAAAGACAACAAGAAGCUACUAAGGAAACACAACUGCUUGAAAAAGAAAGAAAAUCACGGAUCCAAUAUGAAAAACAGAUGGAGGAGAAACAACGGAAACUGAAAGAACAAAAAGAGAAGGAUGAGCAGCGGAGAAUAUCUGCAGAAGAAAAAAGGAAACAAAAAUUACAGGAAGAAAGGGAGAGAUUCAAGGCUGUUCUCUGUCGGACAUUGGAACGGAGCAACCGUGUUGAUCAUCGUCAAAAAAGAUGGUCAUGGGAAGGCUCUACAGCUGUGAACCCAGAAACCAAAACCGCCAGUAAACGUUCUGUAUCGACUGAGAAACUUGAACAAGAGACAUCUGGUUUACAGAAACAAAUGUCUGUGUCAUCUGCAGGUCUUCAGAGUUCUGUUGCCAAGAAAAAAAUAGAAAAGAAGAGAAGCUCAUCCUUGACGAGAAGAUCUAACAAAUUGCAGGCACCUUCAGAAACUGUACAAGUAGAAGAAAAACCAACUGCUCGUCAGUCAUAUACCAGUCUUCGGGAGAAUAAUUUAAUCACUCGCCUGCUUGUCCCUACCAAAGCGUCAAUAGCCAGGAGCAAAAGUGCUGCUUCCUUGUCAGUUCCUGGCAAAGAUACUUCAGGUACCCACAAUGCCUUAAUCCAGUAUGUAAACAUGCCCUUGCGGAGCCACAGCAGUGAUGAACUGAAGAAUACCAUGGCGCUUCGCAAGGCAGCAGCGGCAGGGCCUCCCCAGGAGAAGGUGGAAGCACCCCCUGAUGUAAGCGUGGAGGCGGCCCCUCACGUGAAGGUGGAAGCAACCCCCGAGGCGACCGUGGAAGCGGCCCCCGAGGCGACCUUGGAAGCGGCCCCCGAGGCGACCGUGGAAGUGGCCCCCGAGGCGACCGUGGAAGUGGCCCCUGAAGGGAACGCAGAAGCCAUCCCCAAGGUGAGCGUGGAAGGGCCCCCUGAAGGGAGCGUGGAAGCACUAUGUGAAGCAGGUGUGGAAGCACUCCCUGAGAGCAUGGAAACAUCACCAGAAGUGAGUGUGGACGUGUCCCCCGAGGUGAGCGUGGAUCCGUCCCCCGAGGUGAGCCUAGACUCAUCCCCUGAUGUGAGCAUGGAAGUGUCAUCUGAGGCCAGUGUGGAAGCGUCUCCCAAGGCUAGUGUGGGAGUGUCACCUGAGGCCAGUGUGGACACAUCGCCUGGGGCUAGUGUGAAAGCACUCCCCAAAGACAUUGUGGAAGCGUCCUCCAAGGCAUCCCCCAAGGUGGGCACGGAAGCAUCUUCCAAGGUGAAAGUGAAAGACUCUCCACAGAAAUCAGAAAUGGACAAACAGGCUUCAAACCCUGCUACCAAGAAGCGCCCACCAUCACAUAUACCGUGUUACAAAUGGCCGUCAUCUCCUGCAAGUGGGUGGCGUCCACCUUCUCCCAUCAGUAUUAACAGGCAAAUGCAAAAGAAUCGCCCGUCAUCACCAUCACCUGUCAUGUCAAAACAGUCCCAGUCUGCUCUUUCCUAUAAAGUAAUCCCUGUUCAGCGUAGCCUGUUGGCACAAAAUGCAUUGGGUAGUCUUGGAAAGAAAAGAGAAGGAGUGCCUAAAGCUGCUAGCAGCGCUGAGGCUGUGAGCCCAAAGCAGAUGGUCUGUGAGGAGUCUAGUAAUAAAAGCACACCAGGGACUAUGAAUGCCAAGGAGGCAACAAAAAUUUUGGCAGAGAAACGACGGCUUGCUCGUGAACAAAGAGAGAGAGAAGAAAGAAUACAAAAGGAAAGGGAGCAGAGCAAACCGAAGGACGCAGCAGAGAAAGCAGCGGAAGUCCAACGAGAAUUCUCGAGACUGGAAGAUGGGCAACAACAGAAGGAAAUGAAGAAAGGAUCACCAGAUCCAGAAGACCAGAAAGUGUUACUACAGAAAGGGGACGCCAAAAUAAAAGCUCAGGAGGAGGCUGACAAACGCAAGAAGGAACAGGAGAGAAUUAUGUUACAGAAUUUGCAGGAGAGAUUAGAGAGAAAAAAGAGAAUUGAGGAGAUUAUGAAGCGGACAAGAAAGACAGAUUCGAAUACCGCAAAGGUUGCAGAACCAUUUGUUGAUAACACAUACGAGGAGGACGAGGCGGACGAUGAGGAGGAGUCAGAAAGUGAUGACAAUUCGUUUGAUGACCUGCGUCCAUCAGCCUUUAUAAAUGGCAUGGAUUCAUCCACAAAACUCAAAACACAUUUUAAAAACAUGAAGAAGAACACUCCCAAGCUGGUGUUUUUAGACGCCACUUCUGGCCAAGUCCGUAGAGAGACAAAAACAUUUUUUAAUGGCGACAUGAAAAACUUCAGACCAAAAAGUGCGAAAGACCCUUUGGCUCAGGCAAAGGGUACCAGAUCGUCCACCAAAAGAAUGACUAGCCAUGCAGCCAAUACCAGAAAGGCAAGUGAAACCUGUAACACCGUGGGACCUUCCAAGAGUUUAGACCCAGAGGCACAGGAGUGGAUCUGUGACAAAAUUACUGACAUCAGAAAUGAGGCAGAGUCCCUUAUGUCCAGUACCCCUCCUGAUAGCCGAAAAUACCAUCUGAAAGGUUCCAUGACAUUCCACCAGAGUCCCCCGUUGCCUUUAGACGACAAGAAAAUCAGUUCUGUUCCUGCUCCAUCGGAUAUGUAAACUUCGCGCAGCCCAGAAGAGAAUUCACCCUCCACUCUGGAUCUCAUCUUCCAGACCCCCUAAUCUUUCAGCCUCUGACUUGAACCUCGCCAUUAAAAUGACCAUCAGAA